AUGUUUCAAUUUAAGAGGUUUCUUGCUACUGCAAGCAAGUCGUUUACAAACAACAAGUCACAAUUGGACAGAGCAACGCUUACAAUAAAGAAUGGCCCAGUUUUCAGUGGAUAUUCAUUUGGUGCAAAUCGAAAUGUGAGUGGUGAAGCGGUCUUCACCACUUCGUUAGUCGGAUAUCCUGAAAGUAUGACUGAUCCUUCCUACAAAGGACAGAUUUUGUGUUUCACGCAGCCCUUAAUAGGUAACUAUGGUGUGCCUUCGUCGACUAUAAAAGAUGAGUUCAAUUUGUUAAAGUACGUGGAGAGCCCUAAAAUUCAAUGUAUUGGUAUAGUCGUUGGUGAUGUUGCUUUGGAAUAUAGUCACUGGACGGCCGUCGAGAGUUUGCAACAGUGGUGUAAGAGGAAUGGGGUAGCUGCUAUAACAGGUGUUGAUACUAGGCAAUUGGUUUCAUACUUGAGAGAUAAAGGGUCGAGCUUAGGUAAGAUCACCAUUGGAGAAGAAUACGAUGCAGAUGAAGAUGCAGCUUUUGAGGACCCAGGAGCUAUCAACUUGGUUCAAAAGGUCUCAACGAAACAGCCAUUCCACGUUGAGUGUCCAAAGGAACACUCGAAAAACGUACACAUAGCCGUUUUGGAUUGUGGUGCAAAGGAAAAUAUUUUGCGUUGCUUGGUUGAGAGGGGUGCUUCGUUGACAGUGUUCCCAUACGACUAUCCUAUUGACAAAAUUGCUGACAAGUUUGAUGGUAUUUUCAUUUCCAACGGUCCAGGUGAUCCAACUCAUUGUUCUACUACCGUUGAUAAUUUGAGGAAAAUCAUGGAUACACAUCCAGAAUUGCCUAUUUUUGGUAUUUGCUUGGGCCAUCAAUUGCUUGCAUUGGCGAGUGGUGCUAAGACUAUCAAAUUAAAGUAUGGAAACAGAGCACACAAUAUCCCCACUUUGGAUUUGAUCUCGGGAAAAUGCCACAUCACAUCCCAAAAUCACGGAUAUGCUGUUGACACUUCGACUUUAACUGAAGGUUGGAAAGAAAUGUUUAUCAACUUGAACGAUAACUCCAAUGAGGGUUUGGUUCACACCACGAAACCAAUCUUUUCUACGCAAUUCCAUCCUGAGGCCAAGGGUGGUCCACAAGAUACCGCUUAUCUCUUUGAUAGGUUUUUCGAAAACAUAGCCAAACAUAAGAAAAGUUUGCCCAGCGUUGAGGGAAGCUUAUUAGUGGAUAUUUUGCCAAAAGAGAGAGUUGAGCAACAUACGUUAUAG